AAUGGAUUGCCAAAAAUGAGCUCUGAGGAGACAGCAUCAAGCUCUGACAAUUUAGAGGAGACAGUAUCAAAGGCAGCAGAUGCAAACAAUCAGAAACAAACAGGCAAUGGAUCAAAGGAAGUGAAGAAUCCAACUGUUGUGAAACCAAAGGCUGUGCGACGGAAACUUUCGAUAGUCCCUUAUGAAGUGAGAAAUCCAAAGGUGCUCCAAUCUGAUGCUGAAGACAGAGCAUUGGCCAGCUUCCAUGUGCAAAUGGAGAUUGAACAGACUGAAAUUGAUCAAUCUGAAAACAGUCAGUCAUCUUCUCAGCUUCUGGGAGACAGUUUAAAGUUGUUAAACUCAACAGGAAUGACGCCAAGGAAAUCGCCAAGACAAAAUAAUAAAUCAAGCUCCUCCAAGCCUCAAAACCACGAAACAGUUAUAAAGCAACUGGAAGCAGAUAACAAAGCCCUUCAGUCAAGGGUUGAGAGACUAGAAGGAGACAACCAGGACCUCCAGUCAAGGGUGGGCUAUCUGGAAUACCAGGCAGGCAUACUUUGGAGUGAGUUAGAGCAAAUGAAGUUACACAGCACUCAGAUUCAUGCAUUGAGGAGCCCAGCUCCAACAUUUAGCCCGAGGGGAGUGCUGAGCCAAUUCGAAUCUAGCUGUACUUCAGCAUUCUCCAAGCCUGAUAGUCAAGAGGACGAACAAUCAGUUGGAAAAGAAGAAGAAACUUCAGCCACAAGCAAAGUACGCAAAUGUGAUUAA